CACAGGCUCUACACAAGAAAGAAUAAUUAUGUCGGACGGCGCGACCUCACAAGUACACUCUCAAAAGUACAGCCUCCGCUGGAAUAAUCAUCGUUCGAAUAUGCUGACCGUUUUCGGCGAUCUGCUGCAAACCGAGGCGUUCACCGAUGUGUCCCUCGUCGCGGAGAGCGGUCGGAUCAUCAAGUGUCACAAGAUCGUCUUAGCGGCGUGCUCGUCCUAUUUCCAAACUCUGUUCAUCGCUCUGCCAUGUCCACAUCCGACGAUCAUUCUCAAGGACGUUAAGUACACGGAGCUAAGAGCGAUACUGGAGUUUAUAUACCGCGGCGAGGUGACCGUGCAACAGGAACAGCUGAGCAAUCUGCUCAAGAUUGCAGAAAUGCUGCAGGUGAAGGGUCUUGUGGAACACAAUGGUAACGACAGUGUUGGAGAACGGUUCUCGGCGUACAGCGAUUUUCGUCAACACGAAGACAUGGUGGAGACGUCGUUGUCGCCACCACCGGCCAUCAGCACCAGCACUAAUGCCAUGGCGGCGCAUAGCAGCAGUCACGUGUCACCGCCGCAUUCCACCGGUGACACUUACAGUGGUUUUUACAGCAAGCCCUUGGGAACGGCCUCAGAUAUGAGUCAAAUCCAAAGUCAAUUCGCGUUUUGGCCGCUAGCCUUACCGUUGCACCAAGGAGUUUCCACAGGUCAUCAAAUAUCGCCACACUCCUCUCCUGCCGCCUCUGUUCUCUGUCCUGGCGGAGGCGGCGGCUCCUCUCACGAUAACGGCUUCGAGACAACCUCGCCGCUCAAGCUCGUAAAGAAGACGCUGCAUUCGAAUCUGCUGACGAAUCACGACACGCCGAUACUGCGUACCGUACUCGGCCAGGGUCAAGCUGACAGUUCCGUACCGUUGCACUCUGACAGCCAUGAAUCGAUGCAUUUUCGCGCGAGCAACGGCUCUGCAAACGACAACGACAGUCGUCGCAGCAACACCGAUUUAGCCCAUGGUGAGACGGCCCACAGUUCGUAUAUGGAUAUUCCUUCUAUGGAUGAGGAUGAGAAGCAGCCAUCGCCGCAGUCACACAUCGGUGAUAACAAGACAGGUAACGCGACUCAUGUGCAAACGAAGCCCGAAUGGAAACGAUACAAACAAUACACCCGAGAUGACAUCCAGCAAGCGAUCCAGGCAGUAAAAUCUGGCACAAGCGCCGUACAAGCGGCACGACAAUUCGGCGUGCCGUCUCGCACGCUCUAUGACAAGGUGAAGAAGCUCGGUAUUCCGACGUCGCGACCGUUCAAGCGUGCGGUGAGCAACGGUGGUAGUACGGCCCGCUUCCCGUACGGCAUCGGUGGUAACAUAAACGGCAGGAUUUACAGCAGUAGCAUAUUGUCCGAAAGCGAGAACGAGAACAGUACAAAUGUCAACAUUGAAAACUUGGCUACUAGCACAUCGAACGCUAGCUCGUUGGUCACCGCUUACGUUAACCCGGUAUCAAAGGAUGUGUCGCAAGAUCGCGACUCGAUGUCCGACUCAAUGGCACGCUACAGUCCAAGUCCGGUCAUACGCUGUGUCAAGCAAAAGCAACAACAACAGCAAAACAUGGACGAUGAGGUGGAAGAUCUAUCGAUUUGCAUUUACUACCUGCUAUGCAUAGCAGCUGUGGACUUGACGUUUACCUCCGAUUCGGAGAUUACCACGACGAAAAAUCGGGACUGUCCACCAGAAUGCAUUUGCCUCUCUCCAAAACAAGUGCUUUGCAACACAGGUGGUCUCGAGGACAUACCGACACACCAGCUGCCGGAUACCGUGGAAGAGUUAUCGCUGACGAAAAACGACUUCCCGGUAAUAAAAGGCGACGCGUUCGCUGGUCUUCGGUCGCUGCGUAAGCUCACUCUGGAUGGCAACAAUAUUUCAAGUAUACGGCCGUUUGCGUUUCGUGGUUUAAAUCGAUUGCGCGAGCUGUCGAUCCAGCACACCCCGUUACCCUGCAUUGAGAAGUUUUCGUUUGCUACGCUGCAGAAUAUUUCGUACUUGCUAUUGGCCAACAACAAAAUUCGCUAUAUCGAGGGCUACUCAUUCGCCGGCGCAUCUAACGUGAAUCUAAUCCUGCUGAGCUACAAUCCGUUGCUGACCAUCCACAGCCACGCGUUUGCCGGCCUUACCAAUGUCAACAAUCUCAUCUUCCCGUCUGGCAUCCGCGUAAUCGAAGAGAACGCCUUUGAUGGCCUCCAGCACGUCGGUCUGCUCAAGCUUAGUUACAUGGAUCUAUCAGGGCUGCAGGCCAAUACCUUUUACGGUCUAUCGCACGUUCACUCGAUUAACAUUCAAGAGAGCGAUCUGGGUGUCGUGCAGAGGGAUGCAUUCGCCGGCCUCGCACACGUGGGUUACCUCAACAUUCUCAACAACAAAGUUGAUCUGAUCCAGCGUAUGCAUUUGCGCUAUGAAAACUACAUCGAGAUGUUGCGCUUCCACGGCAAUCACGUGUUAGAAGCACCACGUCACGCUAGAGACGUCAUCCUCGAGGUAAACACGAUCAGCGCGAUCGACAAUCACUUUCCAUGUGACUGUCAGGCGCACAACGUCCUAGAAAGCGAUUUUGCUCGCGGCGACAGCGUUGGAUUUCAGCGUCGGAACUAUUGCAUCUCGCCGUUCGAGUACAACGGCAAGCCUAUGAACGUCGUCGAUUUCGAGCUGGUCGCCCGAUGCCACGACAACGUGAUUCAGGACAACUUGGGCUCGGGCGUCAUCGGGCUAUCAUCUCUAUCAACGUUUACGUUGCUGAUCGCCUUUUUGUUCUCGAUAAAUCUCUUGCGAUGAGCAUCGUUGUUCAGUCGAUUCUUCUUCAAUCGUCUCGUACAUUUCACUCUUAGAUGCUCAAACAAUGAUAAGAAAAACUGCCAGAUUUUUAUGCGCGCGCUUAUUGGCUUUGUCGAGAAAUUCUCUGCCUUCAUUCUCGUGCAGUAGAAGAGUCUUCGUAUAGUCCGGUAAAGUUGUCGAAGCAAAAAGAUAUCUUGCACGAAUUAUGUUGAAUGUAUCGUUAUCGCUAUAGAUUAUUAUACCAAUCUUCUAUCGACAUAAUACAACUUCAAAAGGCUGUACUAAAUAUAUCGCAUUAGAAUGAAAAACAGACGUUAAAUUCUUACAGAUGGUAUGAUGAUUAAUCAUCAUUAAUCGAAAUAAAAACAUCGCUAUUGCAGAGACAUGAAUUCAGAGCUGUGAAAAGUAACAGUGAAUAAAGUCAACUGUCCUCUCAUAACAUUUAUUCACGUUAUUUAUCAUUCUCGAUAAUAUCGAAUUAAAUGCAUAUCUAACAACAGUUCAUUUACAUGAAAAGCAAGUCAUGAAGAUACAUAUCUUUUUGCACAUAUGAAAGUGAUCUUACAUAUCGUUCAAUUGUUGAAAAAAAAAAAAUGUUUCUUUACUGUCGUUAUUUCGGUAUAAUAUUCAAGAGGAUUGAAAAGUAUAAUUCUGUUAUAUUUAUUAUAUCAAAAAUAUGUGUGGGUUGUGUAGUGUUAUUAUUAUUUAUUAAUAGAAUUUUAUACUAUUAUACACUGUUAUACAUACUGCGUUUAACUGUACAUAAUACGAUGAGUUAUUUAAACUGUUAUAAGUCACUAUUUUAUACAAUAGUGCAAUUUUGAUGCUAAAUGCGAUCUCUUCUCUUAUCGGCUGUAUCGCGAUGCCAUUUUUUAUGAAAUAUAUUAAAACUUAAAAAAAAAAGAGUAUUCGAAUAGGCGUUCAAUGUAUAACGAUAACACAGACCUGCGUAUACGUUAGCAAUACGUUUCUGAUCAAUCGAUACGAUUGAUAAUUCACGUGAAUUUACGAUCGUCGAUCACGGAUACAUAAUUUAUUAUGAGAUAAUAUGUCACACGCGAGCUUUAACUGGCCGGUAUACUGGACCAACAUUACAUACUUGAUUGAAGUUUAAUUGAAACUUCGACUUUUGAAUAAACUCCGUAAUAAACGACACGUUAUUCCGGACAUAGAAACGGCGGAAAGAUGAAAGUAAUGCUUUUAGAUUCACAAAAAAGAGAAAAAAGAAAACCUUCCUCUGAUAUAUAUUACUCAAUUUUUUUAUAAUUGUUAGGCGCAAUUAUUUCAUUAUUAAUUUAUAUACAUAUUAAUUACUAUAUAAUGUAGUAUUUUGCAUUGUAAAGCAAAAAUUUUUUACAUAAAAAUAUAAUAUUAAUGAGCUAGAUAAUAUUUUGAAAAUAGAUAAUCUCGUAGGCCUACUAUAAAUCUUGCUUCCGGGUCCAGGAAUCCGAGCUAUGCUCUCAUACGUUCAUAACUACUAUCCCAAUUCCACUAACAGACUACGAAGUUAUUAAACUGAUUCGAAAAUGAUGAAAGUAUCUAGCAAUUAAGUACACAUCUUUAAUUGCAUUGACAUUUAAGAUCUUUAGAGAACGCUCAAGAUAAUAGGAUUCCUACAAAAAAAAAAGAAAAAGAAAAUACAUGAUUUAAAAAAAAAUUUGUCGACAGAGAUUUAUCUGUUUAUUAUUAUAUACUUAUGCAAAAUUUUUAUUCUUUAUCUAUAUAAUCAGAUAUUAAUUUUAAACUAAUUUUAAAAUAAUUUUAAAAUAUUUUUUUUUGCGCAAAAUAGACUUAAAAAAAGCAAUGUCUCUAAAAUUUUGAAUAAAAAUGGAAUAUCUAAAUGCUUACUUACUAACAAAAAAAUUUUCAAAUUUCCAACCGGUGUGUUUGUCAAUUCUUUUAAUUGGUAUAUUAUUUGUAGGAAUACUAUACAACAUAUUUUAGAAACGAAAAUGAAUAAGAAUGUAUUAUAAAAAGAAUGUAUUAUGCUCAACACUUUAGACUACUUUAGAAUAACAAUUUAUCUUAUGAGUUUUCUUUUGUAACGCCUGUAUACGCCUAUAAAAAUUUAUCGUUAUUCCGAAACAAAAGAUCUUCAUUAUUAUAGAAUUCUGCUAAAAUUUCACUUACAUUAUCAAUUUUAUCAGCAUUAAUAUAGAAAAGUUGUUCGCGAAAAAAUUUGCUUCCAUCAAAGUCAAAAUCAUUAAUUAGACAAAAAAUUAACUUCUAAAUAAUUAUGAUAUACGAACUUUCAAGUUACAUUUGAUACUGUGAACGGUUGUAUACACGAUUUGUAUUAAAAAAAAAAGUUUACUGUGCCAACAUUAUGUAUUUACUUCACGUAAAUACUUAGAUGUAGAAGAGGAAGAUAUAUAUAAAUACUAAAUAUCUCUUAAAUGAUAUAUCCUGCAGAAUGUUUUGUUCUUGUAAUCAAGUUUGUGAAAAAAAUACUGCUUCAUAGAUAAAAAUACAUUGGCGUCCAAAGACUAUAAAUAUACAUAUAUAUGGACUGAAUCAGAGUUAUGAAAUAAUGCUAUAUGCUUAUAAUAAAAAAAAAAUUAUAUAAAGCGUAUUUCGCUGCCAUUCGUAAUGGAAGAUUUGCUUGGCCUUCGGUCAGCAUAAUAACCGAGGACCAACUUAGCUUAUAUUUUUUACCAAUGUUUAAAAUAGCAUUUAAUAGAUACGAUUAUAUUGUAAUCUUUCAUUGUAGUUAGCAUGUCCUGUCAUAUAAUAAAUGGAAUGAAAUAUUAAC